GCCUCUGCUGCAGAGUCAAACUGCGCAGCUGCAGAGCCACAGCUCAAGGCUGGCUUGCGCCACAAUCGCGAUCAAAAUGGCAAUGGAUAAUUUCAUAUUUGCCCAAUGCAUCCUUUAUUUUUUAGCCUUUGUAUUUGGCUUUAUAGCGGUAGUACCUCUCUCGGAAAACACUGAUGAUUUUCGGGGGAAAUGUUUGCUGUUUACGCGAGGUAUGUGGCAGAACGAGAACAUCACGGUGUCGAAGCAGCGCUUUAUCAUUGAGGAAUGGGGACCACAGUCAUCCUGCAGUUUUAUCACUGCUGUCGGCAUCGCGUCACUAAUCCUGUCCGCUGUCCAAGCCUGGAGACUGCUGUUCUUUAUCUGUAAAGGCCACGAUGACUCAAUCUUCAAUUCCUUCCUGAACCUGCUUAUCAGCACCCUCAUAGUGUUUGCAGUGUUCCUUUCCAGCACAAUAGUCAGUGUGGGCUUCAAUCUAUGGUGUGAUGCCAUCACAGAAGGAGGCAGUAUGCCCAGCAGCUGUGAGGAUCUGCAGGACACUGAUCUUGAACUAGGGUUGGACAACUCUGCUUUUUAUGACCAGUUUGCUAUAGCACAGUUUGGGUUGUGGGCAGCCUGGCUGACUUGGCUCAGUAUCACCGUCAUGGCAUUUCUGAAGGUCUACCAUAACUACCGUCAAGAAGAUCUUGUUGACAGCUUGAUCCAUGAGAAAGAGUUUUUACUCGGACGUUCCUCACGACGCUGCUCUGAUGUGGUAGACAGGAAAAGUGGCAUGAUAUAAAAGACAAAACAUUGAUUAUGCUAUUGAUAAUCUUGUAGUGUUACAGUCUGCUGCUUCUAGACAAAUGAAGUGUUUCAUAGACAUAAAAAUCUAAUUCACACAUCAGAUGAGCUCAACUCAAACCUGCUUCUAAAUACAUUUUUGAAAUAUCCUUUGUGACACACAAUCAAAGUCAAUUUUACUGUCAUUUAUUACCAGACAUGUCUAACUAAAUGACUCUAAUGUGUUUUUAAACACAUCUAGAAAAGAGGAACAAGCUUCCAAUCAGUUUUCUUUUCCAUUAAUAAUACAUUAGCUGAAGAGUUAGAUUGUAGAGCUCAGGUAUACCACAGAUACUAGUUUAAACCAUUUCAGUUACAGUUUAACUAUAUUGACAUUCUGUAUGUGAUCCAUCUUUCUUUGCAUUUCCUUUCUGUCAAUGGGUUAAAUCUGUAAAAACAUUCCGUAGAAAUACAGUGUUACUUUCAGCUGGUUGCCAGUAACUUACUGUAAAUUUAAAUGUAUGUUAUUUACUGGCAACAUUAGGGGCCCUAUUUUAACGAUCUAAGCCCAUUGUCUAAAGCGCACAGCGCAAAGUCUGAAAAACUAAGCGGAGGAAGAAGAUCCCCAGUUUAAGAAUGAUGUUAAAUUACUGUAUUAUUUUUCACUUGUAUUGAAAUUUUUUUUUUUAUUAAAACCUUUAAAACCGUUUUCUUUUAGUCAUGGAAGUAAAAAACAGGCUUUUAAUUGCUUUAAAUCCAAUAUCAUCAAAAAGUAAUUUACAAGUAUGUAAGAAAAGGUUUGUACUCCAAAAAAUACUUUAUUUGUAGAUAAAGAAUUUACAAACGGCUCUCCGCACGUUUCAGCACUUGGACAGCGUCAUGAGUUUUUUUUAAGCAUUACUUAAAAAUGUUUUUCAUCUCACCAUAUCCACAGGUACAGAGUCAUCAUAAACAAUAAAUCCGUGAGGUAGCAUUUAAAAAAAAUACAUUUAAAAACAGAUGCAUUUGUUUAAAGCAAAGCAUUUAUUUACUUACCAGGCUACAAGUGAAACAGCUCUUUGCGCCUUCUAACGUCUCAUAAUUAGUCCUCAUUUAUGUCCAAGAGACUCAAUAAUAAUCUUUUACAUUCAAUCAUUUAAUCUUUCAUAUUUAAAAGCGUUUUUGUGCUGCUGCGCAUUCAUGUGUGUGAUAAGCAAACCCGCGUUUUCGUCCCGUUUAUAGGCGCAUAUUACAAAUGCGGUCUUUAAAAAACAAAAAACAUAUUGCGCCAUUGACUUUAGACCAGGUUUUUGUUGGUCAAUGGCAUCUAUUUUAGUUGCCUCAAAAUAGCAACGUGCCAACAAUGCGCCUAAACACACCUCGUUUUCAGACCAAAACGCCCAUAGGCGCAAAAGGGAUUUGCAAAUGCAUUUGCUAUUUAAACAACGUGGCGCUAAACGUGAAAAUGAUAAUUGCGCAGGGUUGAAACUAGCAAAAGACACUUGUGUCGCGCAUUGCACCGGGUGUAUGAUAGAGCCCUUAAUAUUUAUUUAACUUUGAACAAACUCUUGCCAGUAAAUAACAUAAAUUUAAAUCUACAGUAAGUUACUGGCAACCAGCUGCAAGUAACACUGAAAUUUCUAUGGGAUUUUUUUAACAGUUCCAUUUGAUGUUUCUAUGUAUAAAAUAUAACCAUGUAUAUGACUGUGAUAGUAUUUUCCUAAAGGAGCUGCUAUUUUAAGCCAUGCUUGCAUGUACAUUUGUGUUAUAUUAAACUUAAAUGAAAGUUAAUUUCAGUGACAUAAAGCUAUCUUCAUUAUGACAUCAAACUUCAAUGAAACAGUAUUCUGUAGAAUGUGCUGUAUUGUAUACGGACAGUGAUCAAAUAUACCAUAGUACUGAAAUCCACCAUAGCAUUAAUGAGGUACUGUGGUUACUACCAUGAUACGUGUAUAGAAAGCCAUCAAAUGUACCAUGGUAUAUUUUUAUAAGCGGUGUGAGACUUAAAGGAGUUUUUAAUGAUCGAAUUUGGUUAAUUUAUGUUGGGUUUACUUGCUUUUAUGGAUUGAAAGACCUCAUGAACCUUAAAGGUGAUUCUAUUUAAAACAACUGUUGUGCAUGCUGCAAUAAAGUUUGAUGUAUUGUAUGCCUUUUUGGUGUACGCAUCUUCUGUUAUGUAAAUGCUAAUGAAACAUAUAUAGUCUGUAUAUGAGUUUUAUAAGUUAAUAUGAGCACAAGUUAUGAGAAUAAUCUCUGUAACACUCAAUCCCAUGUGUUUCUCACAAUAAAACAUUGUAUAUACAG